UCGUUGGCUCCGUCGAUUGUUCGCUCCAUGAGUCCAUCGACACGGAUCUGAUGAUCCGCCAUUGGAUCUACAUCUCCUCCAUGGCGGUGCGCGAAGAGUUCAGGAGGAGGGGAUGUGGUCAACUUCUUCUCGAGGGCUGCGAGGGGAUUGCGAGACGAAAUUAUGGAGUCAGCGAGAUCUACUUGCAUGUUGAGGAGGAGAACGCUGGAGCGCUGAAGAUGUACAAGCAAAGUGGCUUCACAUCAUCAGACAUGCGCAACCCAACGAUCAACAGGAUGGACAGACUUCUCCGACUUGUUCUGCGGGUCCCAAAGGCUGCCACGUUGUACAGUAGAAGGAUUUUCAAGGACUUGCUCGAGGAGGAGGACGUGGAAUUCCAGUUGGCAGAAGCUAUGCUCCCUUGAUACACUUGACUUGUAAUAUACAUCAUGGCUGCAUGCUCAAGGGCUGGAAGUUUCGGCGCGCAGCAGACUACACGAUAGCAGAUUUGACGAGUUGAGAACAGUCAGGAGAGGAGGGAGGAGAGGAACCUGACAGGGAAGCUGGAGUGAAGAAGAAGGGAGCAAGAGAACAGCCUCCGACGUCAUGAGAGAGCGAAGGCAUGAUGAUGAAGUAGCAGGGAGGGGAAACUGGACCGAAGCAAGAGCAUUCCGGAUGAAACAACCAAUCCAGCAC